AGAGAUUUGAUGGAGUCGUCGACAGUCACAGCGUCGCUGCGGGUGACAUGCGGCACGCUGGCUGUAGGGGCUUUCCUGUCCAGCAUUCGAGCGCGUCAGCUGGCAGGUCCCUCUGCCAUCUUUGUCGCGCUGGGCGUUGGCACUGGCGUAUUCAGACUGGUGAAUCACAUCAGAGGAAACGGGAACAGCAAGCUCGCAGCGGCAGUGGCGUCAAUUACAUUCUUCCGAUUGUGCACUGCAUCGCAUCGCCAAGUUGUUCUGUCGUAUGGGUGUUUGGAAGUGCUUCUGCAAGCGUACUGGGACCAUCGCUGUCUCCCGACCUUGGUGGAACAUGCAAUAUCCUUGAUCACCACCAUGCGCGUGGCUUACGCCUACCUGGUCCACGCAGAAUGGUUACCUCCGUCAACCUUGAAGACGUUCGACUACCAAACUAACAUCCCUGUGGCGCACUUGGAGCAAUUUCGCCGCAACAUCCACACGAACGAGCUGUCGCGGUGUGCCACGAUGCAUCCAGACCACUCGUGCCGCCAGUUUGCCGUCACAGGAACCCUCAACUUGCUCAGUCGGAGCGCGCAAGUGUUUGUGCCCCUCCAGAGUCUCUCGCUGGCUGCAGGUAUUGCAACCAAGAAAGUGAUCGAGUGGCCAAAAGUGAUCAAAGGGGUGGCUCGUUCCAUGAUGUUUCUCACAGGGGCGAACAUGGCUCCACUCAUGCUGUCAUGCUUGGUGCCAAACGCACCCCACAAAUGGGUCGCUCUACUGGCUUCGAUGUUGCCGUACGCCGUCCUUCAAGUGGAGCCCCCCAAACGCCGAGCGAGCGUGCUCAAGGCUAUUUCGUGCUGGGCACUCAUUUCUCUGCACUUACAGGCGAAAUCGAGCCGCUGGUGGCGCAGACUGUACAUGGCAACGCCAGCCAAGCAUGUGCCGUGGUCGUGGGUCGCCACGGCAGCGUAUGCAGCGUGCAUGACGCAAAUUCUGAAGCGGCCGCACAUUCAAAGCCACCUCGCCAUGCAGUACCUGUACGGAAAACCCAUGACGAAGUCUAGAAACAGCACUGAUAGCCGCUCAAAUCCCACGAAACACAACGCUCAGGGCGACAAAGUUAUACCUGUCACUACUCCAUGACGACGUUAAGCUGUAAUCUAGCUCAUACAGUUGAGGAGAGGGACACCAUUUGGCUGGC